ACACGAGGAAACACAGACUGGCAACACAACACACGGCUAGGCGACGGGACCCUCAAUACUAGUGCUAUUUAACCCCUCUUGUACAACUCAAACAACCGUGUGACCAGAUCCGAAGACUCAACCACUAAUUAAGACAACUCCAAGAAGGAAGAAGCGAGUUUAGCGAGUAGUGUUUUACCGGCAAGUUCACGAGUAAAAUAUUGAAUACCUGGCCACCGGGGUCAUCAUCAGCGUGGACUGGAGGGAGGUGAGGCGGUACAAACACAACGCCACAACGUUUACAAGCCUUUUCGUCCACAUUCCCAUCGUUAUGUCGAGGUAAAGGCGCCGAUGAGUGAGUUAAGAACACACCAACAGGAGGAUUCGCACACUUGUUUCCACGCCCCUCAUUACCUGUAGAAGGCGCCGCCCCACGCACCGCCGCCACCAUGAUGAAGACGUGCUGGUCCCCGUGGUACUAUUACGACAACACGGAGGGCGGGAGCAAGGCCUGCGCCGCCACCACGAUAUUCUUCAGCACCUUCUCAAUCAUCUACAUCUGCCACUGUCUGAGCGGCGGGGACUCCUCGCAGUUCUUCCUCCCGCUCUUCGAGACAGACGUGGACAGCACAAUGAAAGGCGCCGGGGGGUUCAUGAUUGUGUUCUACAUGUGCUACAUCGUAUUCUCUGUGCUGAUGGUGGAGGGCAUCCGGAGGGAGCACCGCGGCCUUAUCCUGCCCUGGCUUUCACAGAACUUCCUCUACAUCCUCAUGAUCAUUGCCUUCGCCCUAUGGUUGCAGGCGUCCUACUACCAUUAUCUACUGUCAGUGUUGUGGACCUGCAUCUACCUGCUCUUCGCUGCUGCCCACGUAUACAUGUACCGGUGUGUCAAGAGUCAGUAUGAAGUAAUCAAAAUAAGCCAAGCUCCAAAUAUUGUCCAGCUCUACUGAACAGCUCCCCAGCAUUACUGCUGCUGUCUCCUUCUCCAUGCAGUGCUGGCCCUCACAGCAGCAACAGUUAAUCAGGAAUCUCACAACAGAAUCUCUCAGUUUGAGUAAUUUGAUGACAACUUCUAUUCCUUGAAGGGCAUGAAACACAUACUGUACAAAGGUGGUUCAGUCACUGGACAUCUGAUUGUCUUGAACUGACAUUAUCACCUGCUAUAAAUUCUUAAGGGCUGAAUUUUGUUGCUCAUGUAUUAUAUAUACAAAUUAAGUUGUGAGCAAGUGCAUUCAGUUGUCCUUAGGAAGCAAAAUCAAGUAGGCAUUAUUUAUAUAAGAACGGCAGUGAAUAUGUCGUGUAUGUUGCAACAGAAAGCUUUUUUGAUUGUAGCAUUUGUCAUUGAACCAUUUUACAUUUUUUGUUAGUUUGUUCAAAACUAAUUUUAAUAGAAAUUUAUAUGCAUUUAAUUUAAAAUCUGGUGAAUUAGUCAUUUUACUUUCCCAUAACUUGUGGAUGUUCAGUGUAUUUUAAGUAGAUGCUCAGAAUCACAAACUACCACUCACUGAGCUGAUUUCACAUUCCGAACACAUUGCAGGAUGCAUAGAGAAAACAUAAAAUACCUCUUUGUGCCAACCAAAAAUAAGUGGCCAUUCUUUGGGGCUGAUAUUGGCUAGAAAAAGAGUGUUGCCCAACAAAACAUUACAUGUGCAAUAGAUUCAAAAGGUUGCAGCAUUUCAUGUUCAGCAAUCCUCAAAUGCUUUCUCCACUGCCAUAAGUCAGGAUUUUAUAGUUAAUUUUAUCCCCAAGAAGUUUGAUUGUCUUGAGGGCUGCUUUAAAAUAUUGGUUCGUGUAUGUAUAUUACAGGCACACAAUUGUUGGGUGGAAAGCUUGGAGGCCAAAAUUAGGGUAGUAUUAGGCGGCUAUGCAGUUUCAGAUUGUAUUAUCACAUUUGCAUCCAGUGUGAGUAAUACAUUAAGUUGUGUUUGAGAUUGUUUUAGAUGGUCACAAUAAUCACUGAUCAUGCUGUGAAAUUUUACUUAUUUAAAGUUUUUAUUUAUUUUACUUAUUAUUUUUAUUUUCAUAAUCAUACCCCAAUCUGCAUUUUUAGGCAGAGGGAUAGAUGUAAAUGAUGUUAUUACUAUAAUGUUCUUGUUAUGAUUAUAAUGAUUAUUCAGUAUGAAAUGUCAAGGUGUAUAUUUUUAUAUCAACAGUGUGAUGGGGAUAUAUCAGUGCAAAACAUUAUUCAAUCCGUCCAAACAGAUCUGUUUAAGCAUGUGCUUAAUAUUUUCCUUAACAAUAAAGAUGUAAAUGAAA